CGACACGACACGACACGUCGUCCCCAGAAAGUUGCACCGACCGAGUUUCAUGCCGAGUUGAGAAGCGGUUGUCGUAUAUGGGACCACGUUCGGCCGCUGAGCCUGAGAGGGAGCUUUUAGGAACCGUUAUCCUUCUUUUCCAACAGCAUGAUCAUGUUGAUCCACUCGGACUGGACCGGCGGCAAUGUUCUCCCUAGAACUUUUUCUCCCACUUAUCUCAUAGUAGCGGCAGGGAUUUUUACUAUGCUGGAAAAAGACAAAACCUUUGGGCAAGUUGAUGAUCAAGGAUCAGAGAGUUUGCUUCAAGGGUUGCUUGAGUACGAGGUUGUGCACCCCAGCAGGGUGGAUCCAGCGGGUCACUUUGUAUCGAACUUGGUCUCCCACCGCGUGAAUCGGGUUCAGCGACGGGACACCUCCAGGACGGGCGCUAGUCUGGCCCAGGUCUUUUAUCAUCUGCAGCUCAGAGGCCAGGAUCUGCUCUUCAACCUCACCCUCAACCAUCACCUGUUAGCACCGGGCUUCCUCACAGAGAGGAGGUACGGGGGCCUAGAGGGAGCCAAAAUACGAGCCCAUGGCCACUCCCUCUGCCACUUCCUCGGAGAGGUCUGGGGGUCUCCUUCCACGUGGGGCCAGGCAGCCAUUAGCACCUGUGAUGGCCUGACGGGGCUGUUCAAGCUGUCUCAAGAGGAGUUCUUCAUCAGACCUCUUGAACAAGUGUCCGAGGAGGGCCAGCCCCAGGCGCAUGUGGUCUACAAGCGACACACAGAGCAGCCACGAGAUCCACUGCUACGCCCCCUGUCUGCGGGAUCCAAAGUCAAUGGGACGUGCGGAGUAGAAGACUCCAUCAGACGGGCAGAGUGGCAGCGUGAGCGCUGGGAGCAGCGGCAGCAGCGGCGCAGGGUUCGACCGCGUUCUGUUAGCAGGGAGAAGUGGGUGGAGACGCUCGUGGUGGCCGACCCCAAGAUGGUGGAGUACCACGGGAGCCAAGGCGUGGAGAGCUAUGCGCUGGCCAUCAUGAACAUUGUGGCGGGGCUGUUCCGGGAUGCCAGCAUCGGGAACUCUAUCAACAUCAUGGUCGUUCGGCUCAUUCUGCUGGAGCAAGACGAGGCAGACUUGAAGAUCUCGCACCAUGCCGACCACAGCCUGAGCAGCUUCUGCAAGUGGCAGAAACGUCUGAACGUGAAGGGGGACGAAAACCCAGUGCACCAUGAUGUGGCCGUGCUCCUCACCAGGAAGGACAUCUGUGCUGCCAUCAACAAGCCGUGCGAGACGUUGGGUCUCUCCCACGUCUCUGGGAUGUGCCAGCCCCACCGUAGCUGCAGCAUCAGCGAGGACACGGGCCUGCCGCUGGCGUUCACCGUGGCGCAUGAGCUUGGCCACAACUUUGGGAUUCAGCAUGAUGGGAACGGCAAUGACUGUGAGCCGAUUGGGAAAAGACCUUUCAUCAUGUCUCCACAGCUCCUGUACGGCUCCGCACCACCUAACUGGUCUCGCUGCAGCCGCCAGUACAUCACCCGCUUCCUCGAUCGAGGCUGGGGUUGGUGCUUGGAUGACAUCCCCUCGAGCAAAGAUCUGGCACUGCGCUCCCUGCCCCCAGGGGUCCUUUACACUGCUGCGCACCAGUGCCGCCUGCAGUACGGCUCGGGGUCCCUGCUCUGCGAUGACGUCGAUAAUGUCUGCAGUACCCUGUGGUGCACUGUAGGCAACACCUGUCACUCGAAAUUGGACGGAGCUGUGGAUGGAACUAAGUGUGGAGAGAAUAAGUGGUGCUACAAUGGCGAGUGUGUGUCAGCAGGCUACCGGCCCGAGAGCGUGAACGGCGGCUGGGCACCAUGGAGCAAGUGGUCUGCCUGCUCACGCACGUGUGGAGUCGGGGUGCAGAAUGCACAGAGAGACUGCGUCAACCCCAUCCCCGUGCACGGUGGGAAGUACUGCCUGGGGGAGCGCCGCAGGUACCGCAUUUGCAACAACGCCCCGUGCCCUUCGGACGAGCCCCCGUUCCGACUUGUCCAGUGCAGCCGUUUCAACACGAUGCCUUACAAGGGCAAAUUCUACAAAUGGGUGCAAGUCAACAACAGAGUGAACCCGUGUGAGCUGCACUGCCGACCACUGAACGAGCACUUCUCGGAGAAAAUGCUGGAUGCCGUGAUUGAUGGGACCCAGUGCUACGAGGGCACUUCCAGCCGUGACAUAUGCAUCAAUGGCAUUUGUAAGAGUGUGGGGUGCGAUUAUAAGAUUGAUUCCAAUGCGGUGGAGGAUCGCUGUGGGGUGUGUCACGGCAAUGGCUCGACCUGCGAGACGGUGAAAAAGACCUUUGAGGAGACCGAGGGACUAGGCUAUGUGGAUAUUGGAUUAAUUCCGGAGGGAGCGAGGGACAUCCGCAUCGAGGAGGUGGCCGAGGCUGGGAACUUCCUGGCCCUGCGGAGCAGCGACCCCAACAAGUACUUUCUGAAUGGAGGCUGGACCAUCCAGUGGAAUGGGGACUACAAGGCUGCGGGGACAGUGUUCACCUACGAGCGGACGGGCCACCUGGAGAACCUCACCUCUCCGGGGCCUACCCUUGAGCCUGUGUGGAUACAGCUGCUUUUCCAGGAGACGAACCCAGGGGUGCGCUACGAGUACACCAUCAGCCGAGAGAACCUCGUAGAAUCUGACAAUGACACGGUGCCAGAGUUCCAGUGGCGGUACGGCUCCUGGACAGAUUGUAGUGCUACCUGUGGCACAGGUGUCCAGAGGCAGAUCGUUCACUGCAUGGAAAGGACUUCUGGGAUAGUGGAGGAGCACUACUGUGACCCGGCGACCCGCCCCGAUGACAAGCGGGCCAGCUGUAACGAAGAGCUCUGCCCGGCGACAUGGUGGGUGGGAGAGUGGCAGAAGUGCUCGUCCAGCUGCGGGGAGUCAGGACUGGCCAAGAGAACGGUGCUUUGUAUCCAGAGCGUCGGCCUGGAAGAGCAGAGAGCCCUGCAUCCCUCCGAGUGCCAGCACAUGCCCCGGCCCGACUCGGUCGUUCCCUGCAACAGGCACCUGCUCUGCCCUUCGAACUGGACCGUGGGCAACUGGUCGCAGUGCUCGGUGACGUGCGGCUCGGGAUUGCAAAGCCGGACCGUGGUCUGUUCAAACAACACGGGGGCUGCUUGCGAUCCCCGGAUGAGGCCGAAGUCAGACCUCUCCUGCUACAUCCAGGACUGCCCGGUGACGGUGGACAUCUUCGGCAGCGAUUGGUCCGGAAGCGGCUCAUCUAGCAGAGAGAUCUUCAAUGACAUCAACUCCGUUCUCGACGAUAAUCAUCUGCCCAUUCCGGAGAAAGGAACUGCGAGGAUCCAUCCUACAAGGCACCGCGGAGACCACAACAAUGUUUUUGAGGAAGAUUUGUCCCAUUCCAAUCACAUAGAUAACACUGCAGACAACUCCAUCAGAAACAAGGUGCUGGUGGAUGAUUUCUACUAUGACUAUAAUUUCAUAAGAUUUCACGAAGACCUGUCAUAUGACUUUGAUGACAAGGUCGAUACAGGAGAUAGUCUGGGAUUUGACCAGAAAGAAGAGCCUAAACCCGCUUCGUUGGGAUCCACAACAGAUCUGCCUACAACUACCUCAUACACACUUGUGACCUCUUCUAAAAACACGCAUAACGGCAGGGCCUUACCUCCAGGUGCUGACAACGAUCAGUUGAUCACGGCGGAUGUUGAAGAACUGGAAAAUAUCAAAGUUCAAGAUCAACUGCCAGCUGGGAACCCUGGCAAAGGCGGUACAGAGAAUGAAGAUGUAUUUUAUGAAGAAGACCAUUUUCUGCCCGUUUCUGCCACACCAAAACCUCUGGUUUCAAUCACAAGAUUCUCAAAGAAAUGGAAAGUGUCUAAUAGUGCUGUCGGCCAGAGUCAUGACCUCAAUACAGAGCAUUCCUUGGGAACUAGCAGCAGGGGGCUGACCGAUGCCACAGUAGGGGAGGAUUCAGAGGUGAAAUUCACUCAUCGUGAUGCCUCAGUGUUUACACACAACCACGGAACUAGCAUCGGAAAAACUGGCAAAGGGAGUGUCACAGGUGGUGGCGAGGAAGUCGAUUGGGGAGGCGCCGAUCACAAAAUGCCUGCUGAUCACAGCAACACCGGUGACAUUCCAGAAAUUAUAACUGGAGAAGAAUGGGAUGAUAAACAACUUGUUGACAGGGAGCUUUCUCAGCCCAUUCAAGGUGGGCGUGAUCCGAAGGACGGGGAUGGAGGUGCUCCUGGAAUCCGGGAAGAAUGGGUUACGGUGGAGGCCCCAGCAUCCCCUCCUCCCACUGAUAGCGUGUUUCACUUUGAAACAUACCAGGGCAACUUCUUUCACAGUAGCCCUCCCCAGUGGAGUCAGGCUCUGCCCAGGACUCCAGCAAAUUCAGAGCUCGAAUACGGUUCUCAAAGCACAGCCUCCAGUGUUCAAGAUUCUCCAGCUAGGAUUUUCACUGGUGAGCAGGGAUCAAAUCAAUAUUAUGCUACAGAGUCUAAAAUUGAGAGUGAAGGUACCGAUUCCUGGCCCAUCGAUGAAGGUAACAGAGCGACCUUUCUUCGUUCCCCUCAGGAGCCGGGGUCUGUGCAAACUCCUUCCGAUCUUUCUGAUCUAGCCACAGGAAAUGGGGAAAGCCUGGGCCUCUGCUCUGAGGAUAGAACUCAGCUCGUAUCUCGUGAAGAUCUGGGGGACCUUGCAGUCAACACCGCGACCACCUCAAGCAUUUUAAACACUGCGAGCAGCCUUUCUACAACACUUGCACCGGAUGUGAGCACCACAGUUGAAAAGACCGCUCCCGAAGGUCCUUGGCCCCAUCCUUCGUGGCCAAAGAUAAACUUCAGUGAGGUCUAUGUUCCUCCCAUGUUGAGGCCAGGAGGAUCCGACCAUCCUCUCCCAGAGCAGUCUGGCAAUUCUCCUGGCGGUGCCGGGCCCAACCGACCUGUUCUCUCUUACACAGCACAGCCAGACCCCACGGCCUUCUGGACCACAGGGAACUGGAGCACAUGCUCCACCAGCUGUGGCCUCGGCGCCACCUGGAGGUCAGUGCGGUGCAGCACCGGCGCGGACUCGGACUGCGCGGCGUCCAAGCGGCCCGUCCCGGCCCGACGCUGUUACCUGCGGCCCUGCUCCACCUGGAGGGCCGGCGUGUGGAGCAAGUGCUCCCGCAACUGCGGCGGCGGGGUGAAGCACCGCGAGAUCCAGUGUUUUGACGUUCGGGACCAGAGGCCCCUGCGGCCCUUUCACUGCCAGGCUGUGGCUCCAGGGCCCCCGACUCGUGCACUCUGCAGCCUACAGGCCUGCAUGGACUGGUACGCCUCUUCCUGGGGACAGUGCUCGGAGGUAUGUGGAGGCGGGGAGCAACAGCGCCUGGUCACCUGUGCGGAGCCGGGGAAGUGCGAGGAGUCCCUCCGGCCCAACCGCAUCCAGACGUGCAACAGCCAGCCCUGCGCUCAGUGGGUGACGGGCUUCUGGGGCCAGUGCUCAGCCUCCUGCGGCGGAGGGGUGCGGCGCCGGCUCGUCAAAUGCGUGGACGUCCGGGCGGAGCCCGAGGGGACGCCGGAGGAAGAUCCGGCGCAGUGCGACCACACGGCCUGGCCGGAGAACACCGAGAAGUGCAACGUGCAGGAGUGCGGCAGCCCAACCGGUGAGACGUGUCUGCGGGACCGUUUGACGUUCCGCUUCUGUCAGACCUUGCAGUGGCUGGGCCGUUGCCACCUGCCCACCGUCCGCGCACAGUGUUGCAGGACCUGUGGUCAGAUGUCCCGCGGCAACGAGCGCUCCUCCCGUCGUUGAGGCCUACGCCAGGACCCAUGUGUGCAUGUGCACUUACGGUCUCUCUGUCUUUCUCUGAGACACACACACACACACACACACACACACACACACACACACACAGAGCAGCUCUCGUUUACUGUUGGCUCGCCAAAUCUGAUCCCUGCUAUAGCGGCAGCUGCGUGUACUGAGGUGAACCCAUUCCUGCAACUGCAGCGUGUUGCGAAGCUGCCCGUGGAAGGCUAUGCUGUUCCCUUUACUUGUGACUGCUGGUGUCUCACAUGCUGAAAUGUUUUUCUUCCUAUUCUGUGCUUCGGAAAGGUGAGGUUGGGACAAUCGCUGCAUGACUCACAGCGGUUUUCUUGGCACUGAGCUAUGCCAAAUGAGUAGCUAGUACGGUACUGUUCCAGAAUUACCACCAGACCCGGUUGCUCGCUAAAAUUUAAUUUCAGAUGCAGUGAAAUUUAGAGCGUAGCUGUAGAUCACAAUCAGCUGUUAGGUGCAAAAAGAUGUUAAUAGUUCCAGUAGGGAAGGAAUUUCAAUAUCCAAUUUACACAAAGUCGUGCACAAAUGACAUGAUGAUUCAGUUGUUUCUGCAAAGAUUGUUUACUGCUACAGAUCCAAUGUACUCCUGGGAAAGAAGUCCUGAAGCAGCUCUCGAAAGUGAUGCUGCAGUUUGGUGCUAUUGGUGCCCCCGUGCUCCUGUUAUGAGCUAUGGGCUUCCCAAAACCCCUUCUCCUCCCAUUAGGUGCUGUGGGCCGACUUGCGCACACCCUCCUGCCCCCUCGAGAUCGAGACUACCCUGCACCCCCAGUCAGUCAGGGGCUAUAAUUGCCCUCCUAUGGGGUGCUACGGGCUGCCACAUGUUGUCCCUACCCCAUCAGGUAAUGGCUGCCCUGUGCUGUUGCUGUCAGGUGUUAGCUGUCAAGUGCUGUCCCUACAAUGUGUUGGCCGUCCAGUGCUGUCCUUGUCAACUGUUGACUGCCCCAUGCUGUUCUUGUCAGAUGUUGGCUGCCCUGUGCCUUGUUGUACUUGAAGUGUUUUAUUCCAUUGUUCCUGUAUUUCCUAUAAUUGAGUUACAUCCAUAUUUCUUGGGAGCCAGGUAUCCUCUAACAGGUGUUUUUCUUCAGGGAUGGCUUGGAUGUCAACGAUAAAUUGUUGCAUUCUCUGUGUUUGGUGUUUUGGGCAUGAUGUGUGGAUGAAGAGUUAAUUGUUAAUUGCAAGUUAAUUGUCCGUGUACUGGAGGGUCUCGCUUCAUAGAC